AUGUCUUUUGAUAGACCGGAAAUAUACAGUGCCCCCGUGUUACAGGGCGAGUCGCCCAAUGACGACGAUAACACAGAGAUUAUCAAGUCCUUUAAGAAUUUCAUCUUGGAAUUCAGACUGUCCUCACAGUUCAUAUACAGAGACCAAUUGAGAAACUGUCUCCUGGUCAAGAACUACGCAUUGACUAUCAAUCUGGAACAUCUUAUUGCGUACAACGAGGAUCUGUACAAGAAACUGCUAGAUGAGCCCUCGGACGCUAUACCUUUGUUCGAAACAGGUAUCACACAAGUCGCUAAACGAAUCACACAGUUGAGCGGUGCUGGCAGCGGUGACAAUGAGGAGGAUCGCAGGACAGACGCGGCUCUGAUCCCCAACUUCCAGCUCAUCGUCAACUCAAGAGCUAACCAGACGGCACUCAGAUUCCUCAACUCGGACCACGUCGCCAAGAUCGUGAGACUGUCAGGGAUUGUCAUCUCCACGUCCGUGUUGUCCUCAAGAGCUACCCACUUGCACCUCAUGUGCAGGAACUGUAGACACACUACAUCGAUCACCAUAAACAACUUCAACUCGAUCAGUGGGAACUCUGUCUCUUUACCACACUCGUGCCUAUCGAACUCACAGUCCCCCAUGAACGGCGGUGCGCCACCGGUGACAGACGGGGCCACGAAAAAUUGUGGUCCAGACCCGUACCUCAUCAUCCACGAAUCGUCGUCGUUCAUAGACCAACAGUUCCUAAAGAUGCAAGAGAUCCCAGAGUCGGUCCCCGUCGGUGAAAUGCCAAGAAACAUCACAAUGUCCUGUGAUAGGUACCUCACCAACAGGGUCGUCCCGGGUACACGCGCCACGAUCGUUGGCAUCUAUUCGAUUUACAACUCGAAACGGACUUCGGGGAACAGUAACGACGGUAGUGGUGGUGUCGCCAUUAGGACACCGUACAUCAAAGUGUUGGGGAUACAAACGGACGUGGACACGGCAAGUUUCGGUAACGCAAUGACAAUGUUCUCAGAGGAGGAGGAAGAAGAGUUCUUGGCCAUGUCUAGAAGACCAGACAUUUACGAACUGCUCACGAAGUCAAUAGCCCCGUCAAUCUUUGGUAACGAGGAUAUAAAGAAGGCAAUCGUUUGCUUGCUGAUGGGUGGGUCUAAGAAAUUACUCCCAGAUAGUAUGCGGCUCAGGGGGGACGUCAACGUGCUUCUGCUUGGUGACCCAGGUACCGCCAAAUCGCAACUGUUGAAGUUCGUCGAGAAGGUUGCCCCCAUCGCAGUGUACACCUCGGGGAAGGGCUCGUCAGCGGCAGGCCUGACAGCCAGUGUCCAGAGGGACCCAGUCACGAGAGAGUUCUUCUUAGAAGGUGGUGCCAUGGUUUUGGCGGACGGUGGUGUCGUUUGUAUUGACGAGUUCGACAAAAUGAGGGACGAGGACAGAGUCGCCAUCCAUGAGGCCAUGGAACAGCAGACCAUCUCGAUCGCAAAGGCCGGGAUCACCACCGUUUUGAACUCGAGAACCAGUGUGCUCGCCGCGGCGAACCCUAUCUACGGCCGUUAUGACGACUUGAAAUCCCCCGGCGAAAACAUCGACUUCCAAACGACAAUUUUGUCCCGUUUCGACAUGAUCUUCAUCGUCAAGGACGACCACAACGAGGAGAGAGACAUCUCCAUCGCGAACCAUGUGAUAAACAUACACACUGGACGUACAUCGCAGCAACAGCAGGACCUUGAGAGCAGCGGGCAGGAGUUGAGCAUGGAGAAAAUGAAAAGAUACAUCACCUACUGCAGACUCAAAUGUGCCCCGCGCCUGUCGCCCUCCGCGGCAAAGAAGUUGUCCUCGGAGUUUGUGUCUAUCAGGAAGCAGUUGCUCAUCAACGAACUGAAAUCCACGGAAAGAUCAUCGAUCCCAAUCACGAUCCGUCAGUUGGAGGCCAUCAUCCGUAUCACGGAAUCGUUGGCAAAGCUCGAAUUGAGCCCCGUCGCGGACGAAAGACACGUCGACGAGGCAAUAAGACUGUUCCAGGCUUCGACGAUGGACGCCGCAUCGCAGGACCCGAUCGGUGGGAUGGACAAGGGCGACGGGAUCUCGAACACCAUGGCGAAUAUCCGCCAGAUAGAGGAAGAACUGAAAAGAAGACUGCCCAUAGGGUGGUCUACAUCGUACCAGACUCUGAGAAGAGAGUUCGUCGACACGGGCAGGUUCACUCAGCCGGCUCUGGACAAAGCCCUGUACGCCCUUGAGAAGCACGAGACAAUCCAGUUGAGGCACCAAGGCCAAAAUAUCUACAGAAGCGGUGUCUAG